AUGGGUAUCGAUCUGCGCGCUGGCGGCCGAAGUAAGAGAAAACAGCGGGAUGCGCCGCGCUCUCAGGAUCCCUACCUGCAACUCUUGGUGCGUCUGUACGCGUUCCUUGCACGGCGCACUGGGGCACCCUUCAACGCCGUCGUGUGGAAGCGGCUGUGCAUGUCGCGGACGAACCGUCCGCCCAUUUCGCUUUCUCGUCUCCUUCGGUAUUACGAUGAUUCAAAGCGUAAAGAGGGACGGAUCGCUGUUGUCAUUGGCAAGGUGCUUGACGACGAGCGAAAGCUACGUGUGCCGCCAAACAUUCGACUCUGUGCGUUGCAGAUCAGCGAUACCGCACGGGCGCGCAUUGAAGCGGCAGGAGGCCAGGUCAUGACACUGGAUCAGUUAGCGCUUGUAGCGCCUCGCGGAGAGAAUACGAUACUGAUUCGAGGGCGUCUGCACCAGCGGCGCUGCUACAAACACUUUGUCGGCGUCACGGGCCGGGAGCACGUCCGGCCGUACACGCUCUCCAAGGGACGCAAGUUUGAACGCGCACGCGGACGCCGCAAGAGCCGCGGCUUCAAAGUAUAA